UCUGUCGUCAGACGUGCGCGCCGCCGCCGCCGCCGCCGCUGCUCGGGAGGGAAACCGGAGAACUGUCAUGGCGAGUCCCGCCGCGUCCUCGGUGCGACCGCCGAGGCCCAAGAAAGAGCCGCAAGCGCUCGUCAUCCCCAAGAAUGCGGCGGAAGAGCAGAAGCUCAAGCUGGAGCGGCUCAUGAAGAACCCGGACAAAGCAGUUCCAAUUCCAGAAAAAAUGAGUGAAUGGGCACCUCGACCUCCCCCAGAAUUUGUCCGAGAUGUAAUGGGUUCAAGCGCUGGCGCAGGCAGCGGAGAGUUCCAUGUGUACAGGCAUCUGCGCCGGAGAGAAUAUCAGCGACAGGACUACAUGGAUGCCAUGGCUGAGAAGCAAAAAUUGGAUGUGGAGUUUCAGAAGAGACUGGAAAGGAAUAAAAUUGCUGCAGAGGAGCAGACAGCAAAGCGUCGAAAAAAGCGGAGAGAUGCAGACAUUUACUGUUCCCCUCCCCCAGCUGGUUACAACUUCUUCAAAGCUUGGAGCCAAAAGUUAAAAGAGAAGAAAUUAUUGGCAAAGAAGAUGAAACUUGAACAGAAGAAACAAAAAGAAGUUUUGGCACCCUGGCCAGGUGGCUCAGUUGGAUCCAGUCAGAACCAAGAGCAGCCAUCCAGUAGUUCUGAGGAGACAUCUGGGACAGAGGAGGAGAAAGAGGAAGAGCCCAGCUUCAUCAUGGGGCGAUGACAGUGUUGGCUACAGUGGCUUUCUGGAGCCCAGGGCCUCAGAAAAUCUCCACAUGACCCAAGGAGAAAGGCGACUGUUUGAACUGUCUCUCUCCCAAGGCCUCGCUGGAUAGAGCCAUCCUGACUGCUUGUGGCCCUGCCAGUAGGGACAGAGAAGACUGUCUCCUGGACACUCAAGGGCAUUGCCAAGCGGAGUUCAUUCAUGUUCCCGCUUAAGGGGGGAAACAUAAAACCUUCUGCCCCUGCUGUCUGUUCUCACAUAUUUGUACAUUGAUGAGUUUUGGGCUGGUAUCUGUGAAAGGAAUGUUUAUUUAUUAAAGAACAGAAAAACUUGAGGUUUUGAUUGGACCUGUGAAGUGCCAAAGUGUAGGGAAGGCUGUGAAAAUUAGGUGAUGGAGAUGAGGCCUGUUACACGGGCCUGUUCCCAGACUCAUUGAGUGAAAUGGCCUUGGUUCUGGAGCUGACUUGCACUGCAGGGCACCUGACCUCCAUUUCCUUCAGCUGAGGGUGCAGACUGCACCUCAGAACAUGUGCCCCUGCCCAGCUGCUCCCAGGACACAGGUGUGUUUUGGGAAGCCUUGGGCAUAUGCAAAGGGAGAUGUGGUAUGCAACCAGGGAAAAUGAUUGGAGACUAAUAAAGAAGCAGGUGGAGAAUCCAGGCUGGGCUGAACCAGAGUAGAGGACAUGGGGAAUCCUUGCCGGACUAGAAGGGGGAGGAGGUGGGAAUCCAUGGCCCAAAGCUGUGUUUUCAUCCUGAGGUCAAGGGGGUUCUAAUCAGAAAUUUGAGGUUGCCUUUCAGGCAACAGGAAAGACAGAGAUGGUUUCUAAUUAGAGCCUUUGCUUACUUUUUGGAUUAUCUUCAUCUCCAAGUUUCUGAGAAUAUCUCACUGCUUUUAUGGAAUUUGAUAGAAUUAAGGAUCAUGGUUUUGAGUGAAUGUUUUCUUUCACUUUUAUAGUAUUGAUUUCCCUGGCCCUGACCUGGGCCAGGUGACAUUUGUGAUCAUUUCUGCCCUUUCAGCAGUUCAAAUCACAGGAAUUUUUUGGUAAACUUCCCUAUUUUAUUGUAAUACAUCAAAGUCUGGUUAAUA